GAUUUUUGAGGUUAAACCCUACGUGGUCAUUCAGUCCGGCUAACGACUAGUCAUGAACAAUGCUCAGCUCCGGCGAACCCUUUCUCAUGUCCUCCAUGCAUCCCAUUAUUUCUCUCCCUCUCCUCUCCCGAAACCAUAUCAUCUUCCAUACUCCACCAUAUCCUCAAGGCAUCGCGUCCUACAAUUCUCCAACGCCGCCAUCAGCGGCGGCUGAAUCAGAACUCGCCACCUCCUCUUCCUCCAUAGACGAUUCCAGGAAGGCCGAUCUCUCUUUCGAAGAUGUCAGCAAUAAAGAGCUGAAUGGCCUUAUCGAACAAUACUUCAAAGGGGACGAACAAAUACUUCCUUCGAUUAUGGAGGCUAUCAUGAAGCGAGGGCUUUCGAGGAAGCAUGAAGAGACGGAUGAUGAGUUGAUGGACGAGCUCCGGAUGGUGCCGCUGGAGAACGUCACGAACGCCGAGUUCGAAUCCGACUUUGAGGAGCUCCACGAGACCGAUGAGGAGAUUGACGACCUCUAUAAUGCGCGUGAUUACGUCCAGAAGAAGAUGAUGAAGGAUGAAUUUUUUAACAUGGAUGAUCGAAAGUGGGAUGAAAUGAUCAAAGAGGCAACAGAGCAGGGCUUCCUGAAGGAUACUAGGGAAUGUGAGCAAAUACUUGAGGAUAUGCUCAGCUGGGACAAGCUCCUUCCUGAUGAGAUAAAGGAAAAAGUUGAGGCCAGGUAUAAGGAGUUAGAAGACAUGGUUGGAGAAGGAAAAUUAGAACCUGUGGAAGCUUACAGAAUGUUCAAAGAAUUUGAAGACCGAAUGGUUCUUGAAUGCCAAGAAAUCAUGGCAGCAGAAGAGCCUCCCCCUGAUGAAAGUGAAACUAUCGAAUCAAAUGACAAGAAGAAGAUAGUUUUGGAUGAUCCACCUGGUGAAGGACCAAUCCUAAGGUGGGAAUCUCGUGUUGUAUUUGCUCCAGGUGGUGAUGCAUGGCAUCCAAAAAAUAGAAAAGUCAAACUUUCUGUCACUGUAAAGGAACUGGGGCUUUCGAAGCAUGCAUUCCGCAGAUUAAGAGAGGUAGUUGGAAAGAGAUAUCAUGCUGGAAAAGAUGAGCUAACAAUCACUAGUGAGAGAUUUGAACAUCGUGAAGAAAAUAGGAAGGACUGCCUUAGAACACUCUAUGCAUUGAUUGAAGAUGCAGCAAAAGCAGAUAAAUUGGUGGAGAAGGCCAGAAAUGCUUAUGUCAAGGAUCGUCUUAAAUCCAACCCCAAGUUUAUGGAGAGAUUGAAGAUUGUCAUGGCUUCCAAGGUUCAGGGAUCUCAACAAGAUGGUUUCCUUUGCAAUUAAUGUUGGCGUUAGCUUCUCUGCUGAUGUGCAGUUUUGUCUGUUUGUGGCUUAUUUAAUUCUUUCCGAAUUGAUUCGGAAGGAAAUGUGUAUGGUACAGUUUGUGAUACAUUAGCUCCCAAAAUUUUUUAAAAUUAUUUCAAACUAUAGUUUAGAUUUCUUAGAUUUAUUAUUUUUUUUUGGAUGAUUUCAAGCUCUAUUUGAACGUAGCAAGCUUUACUUAGGAUAUGAUGUUAUGUUUAGGGUUGUAGACGAAGUGAGCCAAGUCGA